AGCAGCCGCCGGCCGCCGCCUCACACUGUGAUCAUCACCUCGCUCUUGUCCACAACACACACUCACUUCGUCUGUGGACAACUUCAACCUCACCUUGUUUGUUGAUGGGCUGGCCUGUCCCUUAACGACUCGUUCUUAUCUGUUGGCCGCAUGACCUACUCCGUUGACGAAAACAAUUCGUCUAAUUUGCCUCAUCUCUUCGCGCGGGUGAGCCAUAAGUCGUAAACCUAAAGAUGUCUUAUGACAGGUCUCUAUACCAUUCGCCCUACGUUACAAGAUCAUAGAAGGUGAGAGUUUUGGUACUGUGAUUACGAGCGUCAGUUUAAUCCGGUGCAACAGCUCGACCAUCUGCCUCCGGGAGUUGCUAUACACCAUCCCAACGUCAUCCUCCAACCUGAGUGAGACAUAUGUGGACAGGGCGAGUAACUCAUUUGACGAGGAUCACCAGCCACUGGACCACUUGCAGUAUCCCUCGUCACAAUUCUCCUCCCGGCGCCAUUUUUGUUGUUUACUUCGCUGAAUCCCUCUUCAAGAGACGUUUCCUGUAAAUGAUGGUGAACGCUGCCACGAAUUCCUCUUCGCCGUUGCUGCUGUAUAUCAACUUCAAUAUCAAGAGCGCGGCAGUCGUGUGAACCCUGGGACCAGCUGGACGUCUCUUCCUAGGUCGCUGCUGCGUCUUCCUCACCGAGUCUUUCACACACUCCUCUGGGAUUCAUACCUAUCCGCUCCGUUCUGUGUGCUGGUAGCCGUCUUCACUCCUCAUACAGACAGCCGCUGUGUCGAUCUUUUUGUGGGGUGGAUCACUACUGUUUGGUAUAUAACCAAAGUUGGCGACCAUUCACGAGUCACUGUUGCCCAGAACAACACCUUGUACUUCUAGCACCAGUCACCUUCUCGCUUGUGCCAACACCUACACCAGCAGCCCUGCCAGUGUUCUCACUCGUUCACCGCCAGGCCACCCGGAGGGUCACACACCAAUCACCAUGGAAAAGAAAUCCCUCCCUUGGACGACUAAACUUUGUUAUGGAGUUGGUCACGUCUUCAACGACUUGUGCGCCUCUAUGUGGUUCACCUACCUCCUCAUCUUCUACGAGAAGGUACUGCUGUUUAACCCCACCAUGGCUGGACUGGUACUCCUGGUGGGCCAGAUUGCCGACGGCUUGAGCACGCCCAUCGUUGGCAUCUUCUCUGACAAAGAAAACAAGUUUCCAAUGUGCGCGAGAUAUGGACGUCGGAAAGUGUGGCAUUUGUUGGGUACAGUGUUGGUGUUCAUCAGCUUCCCCUUCAUAUACAACAGCUGCUUGGGGUGUGAGGGUGCUAAUGACUGGGCUCAGUUCGCCUACUACUGCGUCUUCGUCUGCCUCUUCCAGUUUGGGUGGGCGUGUGUACAGAUCUCUCACCUGGCACUCAUCCCCGACCUGACCUCCAAAAAACACCAGCGCACCGAGCUUAACUCUAUCAGAUAUGCCUUCACCGUGCUGGCCAACUUGAGCGUGUUCGCAAUCACCUUCGUCGUCCUUAACAUCAGCGGUGACUCGGACGACAAUGAUGACUCCACCACCACCACCACCCAGUCUGUCCCUGCUAGCGAGCAGAACAAUAUCGGCCCUGAGGACGACGCAAAGUUCAGAAACAUCGCCCUUAUCUGCUGCGGGGUGGGUGCUGUUUUCUCCUUUAUCUUCCACACUGGUGUGCAAGAACCCAUCUACAUAUCCCGCAAGAAGCAGGACAUGAUUGACAUCGAGGAGAAGCGACCCCAGAGGACCAAGAAGAUGAGGAAGGUUGACUGGUUCAAGGAGAUUUCUUUCUACCAGAUCGCGGUCCUCUACAUGGCCACUCGCCUUUACGUCAACUUGUACCAGGUGUACAUCCCCCUGUAUGUGCAAGAAACACUUAGCCUGACUGAGAGUUACGUGGCAACGGUGCCUUUUGCUAUGUAUCUCGCUGGCUUCGUAGGAUCUCUCAUCAUGAAGGAGAUCAACAAGAAGAUAGGAAGGAAGGCAACGUUUGUGCUUGGGUGCUGUGUGGGCAUUGCUGGCUGCCUGUGGGUGUGGUUAGGUGAGGGAAACUACUACAGCCAGUGGGGGAUCUUCCUGGUGGCCGCGCUGCUGGGGAUUGGCGGCUCCACCCUGCUCAUCACCUCGCUGUCCAUCACUGCUGACCUCAUCGGAGAUAACGUGGAGGGUGGCGCCUUUGUGUACGGCUUCAUGAGUCUUGUGGACAAGUUCUCCAACGGCAUCAUCAUCAUGGUCAUCCAGAACUCAGACACUGGCGAACAAGACUACUACCGGAGUGUCAUCACCUUCGCCUGUGGCUCCGCCUGCUCGCUGGGCAUCCUGGUCAUCGUCACUCUCCUGAAAACCAAAGUCGGACAGAGGAGAGGAGAAUCACCAGUGCUGGAGAUUCUGGAGGACAGUCUUGACUCCAGGAGCACUCAAGAGGGCAUUGACAACCCUGUCAUCUCCGUCAUCUCGGAGGACAAUUUAUCCUCUAAUAAUUUCAAACCUGACAUCUACCAACUACGGGCUACUGACACCCCCAGUAUGUGUCAGUGUGAUAUCCCCGCCAUGUGCACCCACAGACAAACCAAGUCGCCCACUUCAGACAACACACCCAACGGUGACCUCGACCAAUUACCAGCGGACAAACUUAACGCAUUUACGAAUCAUGUCGAAGAACAAAAGCAAAGUGUUUGUCAGCUCCGGGCUGAAGACACCCCAAGCAUGUGCAAGUUAGGCCUUAGUGACGUCCCAAAAAUGUGUAACGGGGGAACUGGGUAGUAAAGUCAAUCCCAUGCAAGAGUAAUACUGACAAACUGAUCCUUACCCUGUGCCGUGGUGUCAUCCAGUACCUGAUUAACACUAAUUGGGUGGACGCAAGUUUGUCAAAAACUGCAUUAGUGUAUGGUUGAUAUUAAACUAUAUUAAACGUUGCUAGAUCAAAUAUACUGUACAGACACUUAUUACGUGAGAUAGUUUUGUAUUUAUUUACAGUGUGAUUUGGACCAAAGUAUUAGCGUAGGCUAGAGUGUAGCCUUGUACCCGUGAUACCCACAAGCAGUAUGUGUGGAGUGCUCCUCCCUGCCGGGAAGUGUCUCAUAAGAACCAGUGUCUGAGCAUUGUAAUGAGGGUUCUUCCUCCUACGGUACGGGACAUACUGUAGUUCCCCUAUGUUUGGGUUCGCUCGAUAACUCGUCACUUUAGUGAGUGUGUGUGUGUGUGUGUGUGUGGCAGCAAAGCUUCAGAGUGAACGAUAAAGACUCUAAUUGUGAUUUUGAAAGGGGCAUCAGUAUUCUAUAAGUUCUUAUACUGUAUAGUAUAGUGAAACACCAAAUUGAAACAUAUGAGACAGUGAAUCAUACCAUCAUUACGUUGCUCCUAUAGUUCAUAAGGAACUUUGUCUCUUUCUCUAAUAAACUUUGUUUCGUUAUACUUAUUAGCUUUGAUGUUCACUAUGAAUUUUUAUCACAUUCACUGAAUUUGGUAAUAACAUUCAUUAGAUUCGUGUGGAUUAAAAAACAUUUUGCUCGCUCUAGCACUGUUCAUCUUUUUUUAAUAAAUAACUGAGGUGUUUCACUGAAGACAUGUUUACGUUACUAAUUAUAGGUUUUGAACCUAUCAAAGGGGCAGCAAGCUCAGAUUUCUUCUGCCUUUUGUUGUAGGUGACCUUAGUUCUCUAACACUCAGGGGUCAACACCUACACCUGUGAUAAGUCCGUCUCUCCUCAGGUGUGUCAUUAACUACUGUCAUCAUUUAUAGUACCAUAGCUUAGUGGUAAGCGAUAAGCAUUGCCUUUUAUGGGUUAUUCCAUUGUAAACAGGACAUUUUAUAAUUUUAAGGACUGAAAUAUGUUUAUUCCAUGAUCCUGUUACUGUUGUAUAAUGAUCAUGACUGUGACAAAGUUAACAUAUUCUAUUAUCUUGAAAAAAAUUUCGGAGUAUAAAACUCCCUGUAAUCUACCAAAAUCACCGAACGGCAAAUCUGGGAGGAUGAGGCUCUGUUUAUAUCAAAACUAAGAGGAACCUCAGUUGAUCUGCCUCUCGUAGACCGUAGUUGGUGUGUGUGAUACAGGCAUAAUUAUCAGUGUCAGUUGGUCAUGGUUCAGGCCCAGGACCCGGCUCCUCUGUAGUGUGGAAUACUGUAUUGCUAGUUCUUCCCAUCAUCAUCAACAUCACUGUGAUCUACAUCUUAGCUGCAUUAAUCAAUCCUAAAAAUGCCUUUCAUGAUUCACUCAUUUAAACCCAUCGAGAGAAUUAUUCCCUCACACUGUGACCUUCUGAUGGCAAGGGCUGCUCUAUCCCUUGGUCAUGUAUGUUUUCUUCACUCUCGCAGCAAUAGCACAGUUCUUGAUUACCCUUGUUAUGUCCUGAGAGAUUUUGUGUCUGCUUUACUCAUCCAUAUUUUUGUCUGCAUCCGCCACACUUAUGUGAUGAAAGAUGAGCAACAAUAACUGAUGGACUCUCAUCACAGGUCAUGCAUACAGCGAACAGGAAUACAGUAGAUGUGAA